CCUCCAUAAAAAUUCUCAGUUAGUCCCACUCGAGCGAGUGGGAUUGGUGAACAGGGAAAUCCCAAUAUGGGCAGAAAUUCGCGCUUCUUGUGGAGAAAGUUGAUGUGGGCGACGCGCGGAAUCGAAGCUCUGCGCGCAAAUCCUCACACCGGAGCAUCGCUUCAGCGGUCGCCAAUCGCCGGAGCUUCGCUCACCCUCUCUCGUUUCUGUUCUACCGAAGUGCAACCCCAUUUGUCACCCGAUCUCAUCAAGAUAAUGGAGCAACGGCUAUCGGCAAUUGAACAUAGGAGUGCGUUUCUUCAGAAUCUCAUUAACCAGCCAGAAGCAUCACCAACUGAAUAUUCAAAGGCUAAUAAGGAGCUUCGGAAACUUAGGGACUCUAUGGAGCUUAUAAAUGAGUUGAGGACGAAACAGAAGGAAAUUGACGGUCUGAAGACCAUGAUGGAUGAAUAUCUAGAAGACAGGGACAUGCAUGAUAUGGUAACUGAGGAAUUGGACCAGGCUGUAAAAGAGGAGAAAAGAUUGCAGCAGUUGCUUCUGAAGUCAUUACUUCCUAGAGAUGAUGCCGAUGAGAGGGGUUGCAUUGUAGAGGUGAGAGCAGGAACUGGAGGUGAAGAGGCUUCCUUGUUUGCAAUGGACAUAUUUAAGAUGUAUGAGAGAUACUCACAAAAGAAAGGAUGGAAAUUUGAAGUAGUAGAUAUAACGGAAUCUGAUCUGAGAGGAUACAAGGAAGCUAGUGCAGCAAUUUCUGGUAAUGGUGUUUAUGGGAAACUCAAAUUUGAGAGUGGGGUACACAGAGUCCAGCGAGUUCCUGUUACUGAGAAGUCUGGACGUGUCCACACCAGUGCAGUGUCCGUUGCAAUCCUCCCUCAAGCAAAUGAGGUAGAUGUGCAGUUGAGGAAUGAAGACUUGAGAAUUGAUACUUAUAGAUCUGGUGGUUCUGGAGGCCAGCAUGCAAAUACCACCAACAGUGCUGUUAGAAUAACUCAUAUUCCAUCUGGCAUGGUUGUGUCCAUCCAAGAUGAACGAUCUCAACAUAUGAACAAAGCGAAAGCACUUAAGGUUCUGUGUGCUCGACUUUACGAAUUGGAGAGAUCCAGAAUUCACUUGGAUCGAAGCAGGCUUCGAUCAGAGCAGAUCGGAAGUGGGGAUAGAUCUGAGAGAAUCCGUACUUACAACUUUCCCCAAGGACGAGUCACGGAUCAUCGUGUUGGCAUUACGCAUCAUGCAAUAGAUGAUAUGUUACAGGGAGAAAUAUUGGACGCCUUUAUUGACGCACUUCUUUUGCAGCAGGAAAUGGAUGCAAUUGCAUCUUUCAGUUCAACGAGUGAUCCUUAGUAGGGAUUCUCUUGCUUGGAAUUGUUCCUUUUUCAGACUUCUGUGCUAUAUUUUAACGUCAACCCAUUUCAAUUUGUCUUCUGUUUUUGGCCUUUUCUAACCCCUGUAUCUACAAGGGCAUUUAACACGUUAUAUUUAGCAUCUGAGUCGAUUGUGUUCUUACAUUGUUAGAUAAGAAUAUUGAUUCUUUCAUUACUGGGUGAUUGGAAUCUAUUUGUUG